CUGAAGGUGCGUACCUGUCAAAAUCAGCUGAUAACUGUUUCGCUAUUUUCGAGCCUCUGAACGAAGUAAAUAAAUAAACCACUUUGUAUGAGUCAUCCCGAAGCGUGUGUCUGUCAUAACUCAUAGUAUAACAUUUCUGGUCAGCUUUUUCUCAGAUGAUCCUGAUUUAAAAUCGUAUGCUGAAUAUCGACGACAUGCUCUGUCAACAUGGCCGUCAAGAUCGAUAAAGAAAUGUCAAGAUAUAAAGUACGUCAGAAUAAUUUGACCGUUCUUUAUCACUCGUCCAUAUACCUUUUUGCCUUCUGCUAAUGUCUAAAUUGAUGUGCAACAUAAUGGAAAAAACUGGUAUAUUUGGCGGUUUGCCUUAGGAGCAGUGUCACAUCGAUUUUGUGAUUAUAAACGCCGUUAAAGAACAGCAAAACCAAAGUACAGUUAUAAAGUACAUUGUCGACAUAGAGAUUAAACGAUAUGAAACUAUUAUGAAAGCGACGCGCAGCAUGACACGACAAGUUCUUGCUAAUUAUACUCAUUCUCCCAGGAUUUCAAAGAGUUCCUAGUUUGAUGUCAUUCUUCAAUGUCUAUUUCCACUUGCAAAUAAGAUUGUUGGAUAGAAUCUUAGUCGUACUAGUUAAACACUAGUAUGGGCAUAUUUGAUAUUAUCUUGUUGGCUGUGGUUGCAUUUCUUUAUGGAGUAAUAUGUACACUAUUACUGGAAUUUUAUAUUUUCAAAAAAUAUCUCGAAACUGGGCCAGAGACAAGUCCACCAAAGCAGCCCAUGCCACCUGGAACAGCACAGUUACCUGAUGAGUUAGUUAAUCGAAUAGAGCAAGAAAUAUUGAAUUUUUCAGUUAGCAAUCGCCAAAAUUUAUCACAAGGGAAUGAAAAUUUAGCAAUCAAUUUAACUUUACAAUUCCUUUUCAAUGAACUGAGAAAUGCAGAACGAGUACGUCUUUGGCUUUAUCGUAAAUUGAAUAAUGAGUUCAAAGAACUCCUCAAUCAAUCAACUACAGGGAAAUUGUUUGACAGUGUGCAGUUACGAGACUUAAACUUGGGCAACCAUUUUCCCACAAUCAAAAGUUUAGAUGUAGCUGAUGCUAAAAUAUGCGCAGAUACUGGUUUACUAGAAACUUUAGAUCUUUGUUUAGAUUUGCAUUAUUCAGGAAACUUCCAAAUGUCAAUAGAUGUGAAAAUGUUGUUAGGUAAAACUGCUUAUUUAUCACUUCAAGUGAAAAGAUUAACUGGCAAAGCAAGACUUGAGUUUACACGAGUUCCAUACACUCAUUGGUCUCUAAGUUUUUAUACAGAACCAAUAUUAGAAUUAGACGUUCAAUCACACUUUCAAGGUCGUCAACUGCAGCCGCAAAUAAUAUCACUGAUAACUGGUCAAAUCCGUAGAGCAGUUCGUCGAAAACACACUCUACCUCGUUACAAAAUGCGUUACAAGCCUUUCUUCCGUAGACUUAAUGACGAGGACAUUGAUUUAUCAGACGUCGCAGGGCCACAAAUGACCCCAGGAGUUUUGGAUGUUACUUUGAUAGAACUUAGCCGUAUAAAUAUUGAUCCAUAUUUGAUCAAUGCCGAAAAACCAUCUCAAAUUGAGAUAUAUUGUACAAUUAGCGUAGACGCAACGCCCUGGGUGUGCCUCACGCAGUACAGUGGCGUUCCCUACAUGGUUUUAGAUUUGAUCAUCAGCAAAGUUAGCUCGCAGCAGCUCGGGGUCAUGUUCAAGCAGGAGAAUAUUAACGAGAUAGGUCAGCAGUGUGUGCUCGUCGAGACGAUAGUUGCGGGCAGUCCAGCCGCGAUUGCCGAGAUGAAGAAGGGCGACGUGAUUGUGGCGGUGAACGGUAAAAAAGUUACUAACAUGAAUCAGGUGGCGAAGCUGGUGAAGAGUGCUGCCCAGAGGCGAUUCAUCAUUCGCGUGGAGCGCAAGUACUCGAGCUCCGAUUGGGAAAGAAGCAGCUUGUACAAGCCGGACCUGGAACGCACUUCGUCCGAAAGAGCAAGUGCCAAAAAGUCCUCUAAGAGCGAGUCUUCAGCCAAAAGCGAUACGCUCACCGUUGACGACAGUUUCAAGUCAAUCAAGUUUUCGGAUCUGAGAGACUUCGAUAGCGACGCGUCCGAGAGGAACGACACUGGUAGCAAAUUAUUCAAGAGAAGAAAAAGUAGCGUCCAAGUGUCAGCUGCUCAUCUUCACGUGACUAAUAACAUGGAAGAGUCGUCGCAAGCCCCGGAAACUCCCUCCAGAAGAAUCUCAACGAUCUCGUCGAACUCGUCUAGCACUUUGACAAGCGCUCACUCAAUGAGCAUCAACGAAGCCAGUACCCCAAGCAUGACCGACUUGUAUUACACGAUUAAGGAUAAGAGCUACGCGUCGCUGAUCUCCUUCGAUGAGAAAAAGAGCUUCCAGAUUGACUCGGAACUGCAGUACUUGAACAUCGGAGUCUGGGCUAAGCUCAAGGGUCGCGAGAGUCAGCCAAAACUAGUAGGAUAUAUUAACGCUCCCAUAAAAUUGAUUUUAUCUCAGUGUUCUACGUCUUCGACUGGCCAUUACCUGAAAUGUCAUGCUUUGCUGCCUCCUGAUUCCGCAUCCCCAGCUUUAUCUAACUUCAAACUACACGGUUACUCUGGAUUUGACCCGUCGUUGUGCUACGGCGAUGUGUUAUUAUCCUAUGUGUGGGUGUCAAGCCGUCCAAACCAAGCGCAGCAGCAACAGCCCCAGCAGCAGUCCGAUGGCAGUAGUAAAAAAGGUGUCGAGGAAACUGUCAAGAUACAGCCUGUCAUGUUCGAAGACAUAAUUAACAAGAAGCCGCACGACUUCAUUAGAACCCAUUUCCACAGAGCUACCCACUGCGACUUUUGCACAAAAAAGAUCUGGUUAAAAGACGCGGUGCAAUGUCGAGACUGCGGGAUGGUGUGCCAUAAGAAGUGCGAGGCGAGAUGUCAAGCGUCGGGCGCCUGCGAUGCGGAGAGCGUAGCGACGAUGGCGUUCGAGGCCGAUGAGGCCGAGACCAGCAUCAUGGGGAUCGAGUCGGGGCCCGAAAUAUCACUCACGAGUUGCGAAGAGAAUGUUCAGGGGGCGAGUAUGAUGGGGGUGAAGGCGAGCAUAGCGAACACGCUCCUGGGCCUGAAGAAGGCUGGCAGUACGAGUUGCCUGGCCCCACCAAGUGCCGGCCAGGGUCUCGCAUCGAGAAGCCUACCCCCAAGUCCCUGCGCAUCCCGCAAGAGCUCGCUCGUCGGCGCCAGCAACAACGGUACAAGCAGCAGCGCAGCCGGCGGUCAUUUGGCCAUUAGUCCGGAAUUACUCGAAGGCGUGGAACAAAGCGUCGCGUCGUCUCUUCUCGCUGGUGACUUCGACGACGGCCUUAUGUCCAGAGCCAAGGACACCGGCAAGCUUCUGUACAAAGAAUUGGAGCCGCAGGAGCGCAUCGACAAAAUCAAUUCCAUGAUAACGAAACUGAAAGCGUCACUGGACACGGAAACGAAUUUGCGUCGUGAACUGCUGCCGCAGCUGGACGUGGAAAGCACCAAGCAGAUGAACCAGUGCGACGCGAGGGUGCAAGCUUUGAGCGUGCUGCUGCUGCAUUACUGUACGGCACUGCAGCACGCCCAGGAACUGCUCGAUCGGCCUAACCCGGCUCGCUGAAUCCACACACACGCACACGCACAUACGCACGCACACACACGCGCGUGCACGCGCGCGCUCGCGUAGCUGUACAUAUUUUUUCUAUAUACGCAGUGCCAGAUUUUUUCUGCUACAUCAGUCAAUUUCUUCCCGCGCGAGAUUAAAAUACGUACGAAUAUUUACAUAUACGAUGUAACUUUCAUUCGAGCACGCAAAUAUCAAUACUCCGCUUCUAUUAGGGCACAAUGAUCGAUUAAACAAACCCUCACAUGCGCCAGUUGAGCGCUUAGGGAAGCUCUGCUAGAUUGGCAGAUUAUACAUGUAUGUAUCGUACCUUCAUUAAUCAAAGAACACCAAAUGCUAAGACUCAAAUAUCUCAUAUAAUAUACGUAUAAAUAGUUAGAGAAAUAUUUGUAGAGAAAUUAUCGCAGUUGGUAUUUCAAUAUUUAUGCGUCUUAGAGGCCGUUUAAAGAUUCAACAAACAACUUUACAAGUGCUUUACACAUUAUUCAUGAUUAUAUAUACAUACUCCGAAAAAAAUAAGCUGCAAAUGCGCAGUAUUCGUGUAUUUAUUUUAGUGUGAGUUCCAGUAUUAGUAAGUUUUAUUGACCAUUGUGUACAGCAAUUUCUUUUCUUCUUUUCGAAUGCUAUUUAUAGAUGUAGCCAUCCACCUACUGAUUUUUAGCAUACGUUUGUCAUUUGAUAUGACUUCCAAUAAAAAUUAUCGAAUUUAUUGUGAUUCGAGAGACAUCAAUUCACGAAUAACGUGUAUGCACGUGAUAACACAUUCCAAUUUACGUAUGUUUACCAAGGCGUUGUUAAAAUAAUAGCGUCAAAGGCGUAUAUUCCAAGAUCUUUCAAAUUUCAAUUAUAAAGAUUAACGAUAACAAUCAUGUUUACAAUGUUAUUAAUAAGUAUAUUCUUCUUAUUUAAGUGCAAAAUGUUGCGUCGGGCGCGAAUUUCCGCACUUGGACGAUAGCACUACUUUUGACUGCUGUUGUUACACGUAAUGCACACACCGCCAUGGCCGUCUACGUUUGCAGAAGGGUUGAUCGUCUUGGAACUGUGUUACGCAUUCACUUCAACGACGUUCCGAAUAAAUAAUCAUAUAGUUAGAUUGGCAACGAAAAAUGUGAUUUUCGACUGACUUAUGAGUGUUGUACGUACUUCAGAGCUCAUACACAUGAUACUACUCACGUGAGGUAUGUUUUCUUGUGAAUAUUUUGAAGUAUGUACAUAUACAUAUCUUACAUGUACGUGUAUUAGAAAUGUUAAAUUGUCAAAAGAUAAACAUAUAUUUCAAAGUACGCGAAACGAAUGAAUACUAAGUGUAUCGAAAAGAGUGAUCUGUCGGUUGUAUUAUUUUUUAUAAGCAAGUUUCUUUGGACGUGUACAUUAUAAAGUGCGUUGUGUUGCAAGACAUCACAUCGAACACCAGAAAGACAAAUUACGAUUGUUGUAGAGUGUAGUCCGCAAUCAAAUGAAAUAGGUUUUAUACAGAGUGUAGUUGGAUCGGAAAAAGGUGAUAUUCGAGAGAGGAGCUUGCAUUAUUUUUCACGAGUCCGAGGCUUAUUUUCAAGCACACAAGAGAUUUUAUAAUUAUUUUUGAUGUACGAGAAGAGGCAAGGCGAAGAAAGCCGAAGGAGGAAAGAAUAAAGGAAGGAAAAAAAGAACAAGAGAGGAAAAGAGCAGUGUCGUCUAGUCAUUAUCCCCGGAUAUUUUGGUUCGCGUGCGUCGCUCGACGCGCGGAAAGUCCACACACGUGCGCGAAAUACGCUCGAGCCCGAAGGUUGCAGAAAUCGAAUGAGUCGGAAGCGCGCGGCGCGCCAACAAACGAAAAGAAAGAAAGGAAGGCGAGCGCGCGUUCGAUCCAAAGAAAUCGGGCCGGCGAACGAGCGCCAAGUAUUUUCGGAGGCGAGCGGCACUAUGGAAAUCGCGCGAAAUAAAAAUAGAGCCGCGCGCCUAAUCGCCACAGCGGCCGGCGCGCGCGCGAAAAUAGCGAGCCGUCUUAUCGGGGCGCUCGGCCGAAUCCGCGGCGCGACGAGCGGCGAGACAAAGGGGACAACGGACGUUAACGCGCGAAUCGCGGCCCCGCGAGAGCCAAGGCCGGCCACGCGAGAGAAGCCGGAAGCGCGCGUCAGCCGCGACCGCGCACGCAAGCCGGGCCGAUUUCGCGGCGGCUGCGAUUUUUUGCCGCCCAUCCGCGGCGAGAGUGCGUUUUCCUCCGCGUUGAGACUCGCGUGAGAACGCGCCCGAGCGCGCUCGCCGCCGCGCUUCGCAGCCAGGCGGCGGACGAGCGCCCGCCCGGUCAGCCGUGCGAGCUCGAGCCUCUCCGCGAGAGCUCGAUAAAAAUAACCGGCCCCGGUGCGCGCGAGCCGCGGCCGCCUUGGUACAACGACCUACAGCGCCCGAGCGCGCGAUCGGCCGGCGACGGACGACCCGAUCGCGAGGCGCUCACCUCGCGGCGCGCGGUCGAACAAAGGAGCGCGCGCGGAAAAGAGGGCAGUCGAAGAAGACGAAUGAACUCUGGGCGCGGGAAAGGAGACGAGAAAAAAUAAAGCCGCGGAAAGUCAAAUAAAGCGGCGCCUAUUUCGGGCGCGCGAAAUCGCACGCGCGCAGUAUCCGCUGGACGCUAGCCAAAGCGCACAGCGGCGAGCCCCUCUAUCGUAAACAGAGCACUGAUCCCCCUUGCAGGGCCCUCGCGCUUCCGCUCCGGCCGCUUGUCCGUCGCUUCCUCGUCCGAUCGCGCGUCCCGUCACCCGCGACGCAUUUCGGCCGCUUUCGUCCUCGGUUAAUAAUCGCGCGCACGCGCGCGUCCUUGGCGCCGGUCCACGACCAAGGACAGUUCUACGAGCGUACCAAU